AUGGCAGCUUGCAGAAUGAUAAGAAUAGUGUCUACCAAGGAUCACUCCAGUCUGCGAAGCUUCAAGUACAGUUGCAGGAGGGUCUCAAGAUCAGCUAUCCGCAUGAAAAUCGUAGUGCGGAAACACCAGAAGGAUCAAGAGCGCUUUCUUCCUAUAGCCAACGUUGCUCGCGUCAUGAAGAGAAUGAUACCGAGUAGUGGAAAAAUUGCCAAGGAUGCAAAAGAAUGUGUCCAGGAAUGUGUUUCUGAAUUCAUAUCAUUCAUAACUAGUGAAGCGAAUGACAAGUGUAUGAGCGAAAAAAGGAAGACAAUUAGUGCUGACGAUCUUCUCGAAGCCAUAAAUAACAUGGGAUUUGACAACUAUGUGGCUCCUCUCCAACUGUUUUUAGAAAGGUAUCGAGCCGCUCAUAAAUUAAGUUCUGGAUUCAACAACUCAAAUACUUCUACAAGAACAUUCACUGUAGCUUCCAAUUCGAGCCCAACAGGGAUCCAUAAUGGUAUGCAUUGGGAUAAAAUCUCUUGA